AGAUGCUGUACUUACUAGCAUGGAACAGAUAAGAUAUAAAGGAGAGAAAGAAGAAAAAGCUCCUAUAAGUUCCCCCGACACCAUGGGACCAGAGUUUUGGGAAAAGAAGGAGGAAGAGAUGGACCAAUUGUUGGGAGCUGUGGGUGGAGAAGUGGAACCAGUGUCAGCCAGAACCAGAGCAAAGACAGAGACUGUUUUUACAGCACCUCUCAGACGAGUUGACCAAUUCUUAGUAAACCCAGAUGACCCCUCCCAAGUUUCAACAGGGUCGUUGUUUCAGCAUGUUCCUUUUACCACCUCUGAUUUGCUUAAUUGGAAAAUGCACUAUGGGCCUUAUAGUGCUAAACCAAAUGAAGUGGCAGAAUUGGUAAAAACUAUUGUGGAUACUCAUCAUCCAACUUGGCUAGAUUUACAACAACUUAUGGCAACACUUUUCAAUGCUGAAGAAAGGGAGAAAAUCAGGAAUGCAGUGUCUAAUAUUUUAAAACCAGAUGUCCCUGCACGUACAACCUUAGCAGACUUUAUUGAACAGCGUUUCCCCUCAAAAGAUCCUAACUGGAGUCCUUAUGAUUCGCAUCAAUUAAACUUGUUGCUUAAUUAUCAACAGUUAAUCAUAAAAGCUGUGCGCAUAGCAGGAAAGCCUGCAACAAACAUGUCAAAGCCAAGUUUAAUUACCCAAGAAGCUACUGAAAGUCCGGAAGCUUUUUAUUCUAGGUUGGUUGAGGCAUAUGAGAUGUACACUCCUAUAGACCCCACUCUGCCUGAAAAUGCUCGCAUGCUAGCAAUGGCUUUUAUUUCACAAUCAGCCCCAGACAUAAGGCAUAAGCUUCAAAAGUUGGAAGGAGCGUUGGGAAAACCCCUUAGUGAACUCAUGGAAGUUGCCAGGAAGACAUUUGUCAACAGGGAUUUGUUGGAGGAGAGGAAAAAAGAUAAGCAGAUGAAGAAAAAAGCAGAAUUGCUAGCCACCGCUUUAAUGACUGUGCCAGGGGGAAAUAGAGGAAGUAGGGAGAGGAUUGUGAUCCCCUCCUUAGGUCAAAAUCAAUGUGCUAUAUGUCACAGGUAUGGGCACUGGAAAAGAGAUUGUCCCAGAAGAGAAGGAAUUGAGAGAAGGGAGAUUGAACAGCCAAGGGUAACUAGAAAUCCUACCCCUUUGCCAAGAAAUUUCUCUCUUAGUCGACCCAACACCUUCAGGGGACGUGGAACACUCAGGAAGCCCAUUAACAGCCUGCGAAAAAGGGAAGCCAAGGGAUUUUCCCCCGACACUCCUUUGAUUGGAUUGGCAGAAGCUGAGGAGUGGGAUUGACGGGGCAGUGUAGGUUCAA